AUGCCAUCUUCUUCCCCUCUGGAGUCCUCUCUCCCUCCUGCCAGUCCCAAUGCUACAGUGCCAGCCAACAGCAGCAUGGAAGAAAACCAGUUCUUCUAUGCUUUCUCCCUCUUGGAUAAGGAACUCCAUGACAACUUUCCCAACCUGUGGGUUGCCCUGUUGGCUGUCAAUGGGACCAUCUUCCUGGUUGGAGUGGCACUCAAUGGCCUGGCCCUCUAUGUCUUCUGCUUCCGAACGAAGACUAAGACCACGUCCAUCAUCUACACCAUCAACCUGGUGGUGACAGACUUGCUGGUGGGUUUGUCAUUGCCCACAAGGUUCAUUAUCUACUACGGGGCACAAGGCUGCCUCAACUGCUCUCUUGUGCACGUCUUCAGCUACUUUGUCAAUAUGUACUGCUCCAUCCUCUUCCUCACCUGCAUUUGUGUGGACCGUUACCUGGCCAUUGUCCAGCUGGAGGCCUCGAGGAAGUGGAGGAACCCCAGCUGUACCAAAGGCAUCUGUGUCUUCAUCUGGGUCUUUGCUGUAGUGGUGACCUUCUCCGUCCUGACCGUAGCAGUCCAAGGGGGUUCCUGCUGCCGCCUCUUUGCCUUGACAGUCUUCGAAUACUUCCUGCCACUGGUGGUCAUCACCUUUUUCACAGGGAGGAUCAUGUGUGCGCUGUCCAAGCCCAAUCUCAUGCACCAGAGCCGUGAGCGGCGAAUGCGGGCUGUCCAGUUGCUCCUCACUGUCCUCGUCAUCUUUCUGAUCUGCUUCACACCAUUCCAUGCCCGCCAGCUGGCUGUCUCUCUCCGUCCUCAAGAUAUAUCCAAAGAGGCAGGUCUCGUGGCCUACCACGUCACCAUCACCCUCAGCAGCCUCAACAGUUGCAUGGAUCCCAUUGUCUACUGCUUUGUGACCAACAGCUUCCAGGCCACAGUCCGGGGCCUCUUCCGGAGGAGUGAGCCAGAGCAGACCAGUGGAGAGGCCAUCAGCAUGCACAAGAGCUCCAAGGGCUCCAUCCACAAUGCCAUCGUCCCCUGCUCCCGUGCUCUGGCUGACAGGCCCCAGGUGUAG